AUGUCGACCAGCCUGGCUCUUGCCCCCGGGCUCGGCCCCCUGGCCUUGGUGGCCGUUGGUGCGGCCUUCAUCCUGUAUCGCUUGUCGCAGGCCGUUUCCCGGCCCCGGCCCCAGGGCGGCUACCAUGCCGGCCUCCCGCAUGCCGGCCCGACGCCCGGCGGGGCUGCAACCACCACGCCGCUCGCCUGCUCGGAUUAUGAGCGCAUGCUGCUCACCGUCCCGCCAGCGCAGGCCCCCUUCGUGCCGACGGGACAGGUCCGCUGCCUUCCCGGGGACUGCCCCCUGGGCCAGCGUGCCCGCAUGGACCCCCAGGCCCUGUCUCGCGACUCCACCACCGACACCGUGCGGCUCCCUCUGGAUGAGGUGACCCGACGCCUGCCGGCCCUGCUAUACUCCUUCCUGCCGCUGAAUCUCCUUUCGCGUGGCUGGGGCUGGCUCACUUCCCUCCCUGUGCCGGUUUCCCUCCGCGGGCCACUCUACCAUGGCUGGCUGCACUACUUCGCCGGGCACCCGGAGGAGAUGCAGCUCCCGGCCGAGGCGUACCGCUCGCUUGGGGACUUCUUCGUGCGGCACCUGCGUCCGGGGGUGCGUGCCAUCGGGCCCGAUGUGACCGGCCCCCUGGACGCGGCCCCUCAGCUUGGGGCGCUCUCCUGCCCGGCGGAUGGCCGUGUCAUGAGCGCCCAGCCGGUCACCGGCAACCUCCUCGAGCAGAUCAAGGGAUCGCACUAUGUCCUCAGUGCCUUCCUCGGGGAGGACAUCAUCCAGGAGCACCUCGACACUCAGGCCGCCGCUGCCGCCGGGGCUACCGCCACUCCCGCACGGCGUCUGUACCAGAUCGUCAUUUAUCUCGGCCCCGGGGAUUACCACCGGUUCCACUCGCCGGCCGCCUGGUCCGUGCGCCAGCGGCGUCACUUCCCCGGCGAGCUGUGGUCCGUCAGCCCGGCGGUUGUGCGCAAAGUUCGCGGCCUCUUCAACCACAAUGAGCGCGUGGUCUACUCCGGGGACUGGGCCCAUGGCCGGAUGACCUUCUCGGCCAUCGGCGCCACCAAUGUCGGGUCCAUUCGCAUCAACAUCGACCCGGCCCUGCGGACCAAUCGCGCCAAUUAUGCCCCCACCGCCCAAUGGUUCCGCGCCUCGCCGCCCGACUGCCUGGACUUCACUGCCACCGGUGCCCGGGCUGGCGGCACCACCCACAGUCUUGUCACCGCCGAUGCCUCCUCGCCCUCCUCAUACCUGUCCUUCCCGACGCCGGUCAUGUCGGCCGAUCGGGACCUCAACACCGGUCCACUUGCCGCCGGUGGCAUUCCCCCCACCCCGGAGCAGACCCCUGGCGCGUCCCCCUCCCUGAAUGAUGACCCGAGCCUGGUCGCAAGCAAGACUGCCAUUGGUGGUGCCCAAUUGCCCGCCGACAUGAUCAGCAUGAUCGAGCUCGACUUCACGCCCGGCGCCUGCUGCUUCGCCUUCCAGCCGGGUGACGCAGUCACCACACUCCUGGUCUCGAGUCUCGAUUCGCGUGACAUCCAUGUGUUUGACGCCCGUGGCGGGUCGUCGGUUCCCCUGCGGACUUUCAAGAUUCACCGGAGCCCGACACACCUCAUGAAGUUCGACCCUGUGCACAAUCUCGUGGUGAGCGCCGACCGUCGGGGUCAUUUCGAAAUUUGGGACCCCAUCACCGGCGACAUGCCGGAAGAUGGCCCCCUUACCUUCCAAUCGAAGCUGGACACCGACCUCUUCGCCCUGGUCACGGCCGGCACCACUCCGACGUCCAUCAGCAUUUCCCCCCAUGGCAAGCUUUUCGCCACUCUGAGUCUGGACCGUGUGGUUCGUGUGUUUGAGCUCCUUUCCGGCAAGAUGAUCCGCAGUUACGACGAAUCGCUACGUGUUAUCGAGGAGAUGCAGCAGGCUGGCACUGCGCACAUCCAGCUGGAUAGCAUGGAGUUUGGCUUGCGCCUUGCAAAGGACCGCGAGCUGGACAAGCCGAACUCCGCCCUCAGUUCCGUGAACACUGUUUUCGAUGACAGCGGAAACUUCCUCCUCUAUCCGACUCUCCUCGGCAUCAAAGUGGUCAACAUCGUGACCAACCGUGUUGUUCGUAUCCUCGGCCAUGGCGAGAAUGCCGCACGCUUCCUUCACAUCUCCCUCCAUCAAGGCGCUCUCAAGGGCAAGUCCGCUGCCACCCUGGAUAUGCUUGCCUCGGACAAUCCCGCGCUGAAAGCCGCGCGCGAGACCGAUCCCACGGUCUUCGCCACCGCCUUGAAGAUGAAGCGCUUUUUCAUGCUCACCACUCGAGAGCCUGGUGACCUUGAUGGCGAUGCUGCUGCUCGUGAUGUUCUAAAUGAGCGUCCAGCCGGGACUGCGGCCACCGCGGCCGCAAGCUCGGUCAAUGUGGCUUCCCUGCCGACGACCGUGGUCUUGCACACCUCGCGCGGGGACAUUGUCCUGGAGCUUUUCCCCACGGUGGCUCCUCGGACGGUGGAGAACUUCACCACCCACGUUCGCCGUGGGUACUACACCAACAUCCUCUUCCACCGGGUCAUCCGGGGGUUCAUGGUGCAGACUGGUGACCCGACUGGCACCGGUUUCGGCGGGCAGUCCAUCUGGGGUGGAACCUUCGCCGAUGAGUUCAGCGCCGAUCCGCGCGCUCGGCAUGACCGGCCCUUCGUCCUGUCGAUGGCCAAUUCCGGUCCCGGCACCAAUGGCUCGCAGUUCUUCAUCACCACCGCCCCGGCUCCUCACCUGGACAACAAGCAUACCGUCUUCGGGCGGGUGGCAUCCGGGUCGGAGGUUGUCACGGACAUCGAGCAUGUGCGUGUUGAUCGUGAGGACCGUCCCCUGGACGAGGUGCGCAUCCUGAGCUCCUCGGUGCGGGACUGA